AUGGUGCUAGAAGGUUUGGCUCUAGCAUCUACUCUUGCCAACACUACUAGUCCAAGCACCAUGCUGUUUACUUCACUAUCAAACGCUUCUACCUCCACUGCUCCCACUGGGUUCUCAACUACAACUUCGACAACUACCACCACCACUGUUACCACCACCACCACCACUACUACCACUAUCACCAGUGGCUUUAUCCUGAACCUAAAACCGACAUCGACUGGCAUUAGUAACUCUGCACCUUUUACUUCGACUGUUGAUGCAAUAGUAACUCCCGUGAUGACAUACGGUCAUCUUGAGGGUCUUAUAAAUAACUGGAACCUUGAGAUGGAAGAUCAUGAGAGGCGCUUUCUUCACCAGGCCACCCAGGUCAAUGCUUGGGGCCGUGCAUUGAUUGAGAAUGGUGAGAAGAUUACUGUUUUACAUGCGGAAAUGGAAAAAGUGAAACUGGACCAGAAAAGGCUGGAACAAGAAUUAGAUUUCAUCCUGUUACAGCAGAAGGAACUAGAAGCUAUGCUGACACCUUUAGAGGACUCUAUGAAGGACCAGAAUGGGCUGGCUUAUCCGCAGCAUGAAGAUGAGCGUGAGAAGACUUACAAAUUAGCUGAAAAUAUAGACAUUCAGCUGAAACGAAUGGGCCAAGAUCUCAAGGAACUUAUUGAUCGCCUGAAUGCAUUUGGAAAUCCUGUUGACCCUAAUGACCCGCUCCAGCAGAUCUGCAAAAUUAUGAAUAUGCAUAUGGACUCUAUGCAGUGGAUUGACCAGAAUUCAGUUCCUUUAUUGGGGGAAGGGCACCCAAAAGAGGCCAUUCACUCCCCCAAACCCAAAGACUAA